UUGGGCUGAGGCCUUUAAAAUCCACUUAGCUACUACAGGAAGCUUUUUUCUCUGAUCUCUCUGGUGUUUGCUGUGACAGACGACGGAAACAAUGGCGGGGAAUCAAGUGGACGCCAAGGGUUUGCCGGCCAACAUAGCCGGAAUGUCAAAGAACCAACUUUACGAAAUCAUGUCCCAGAUGAAGAAACUUAUAGAACAAAACCAGCAGCAGGCGAAGCAGAUCCUUAUCCAAAACCCUCUCUUGACUAAAGCCCUUUUCCAGGCUCAGAUUAUGCUUGGAAUGGUUAAGCCCCCUCAAAUGACUCCAACCAUUCAGCCACCUGCGCCGCAACAAUCUCAGCAAUCAUCACAACCACCUCAUCAGCCAAAUAUCCAGCCAUCACUAUCGUUGCCAGGUCAAGCUGGGCUGCAGGAGCAAGCUGCUCCAUCUCAGAACCAGCCUCCUCUAAGGAAACAGCAGCAAAACCAAGUUGGGAUGCAAACCUCAGUUGCUUCUGUUGCUGCUGCAAACCUUCAGUCUCAACCCAUGCCACCAUAUUCCCUACAGACACUGCAGCAGACAAAGGGUCAUUUGAACCCUCCUCUGUCCCUUCCACAUACAUCCGAACCCCCACUUCCUCUGAAUUCAUCUUCACAGCUCCCUCAUCGUCAUCAAACCCCUAUGCUGACAUCGUCAAGCCAGAUGCAACAGUCAUUGCAGACAACUGGAGUUCCUCAUAUGCCUCUGCAUCCACCAAUGCAACCACAGGCCAGGCUUCCUUUGGUUCCAAAUUUUAAUCAUCAGUAUGCCCCACAAAUGGGUCCAAAGGUUGGUUUCCAACACCCUUGUCCCCCUCAGCAUCUUUCACAGCUGAUGUUCAAUUCUGGUAAUAAACCUCCUUCUAGCCAUGGACCUUUGUUUCCACAAGGACAGCCACCACAUGCAAAUCAGAUGCCACCUCAAUCAACAUAUCAAAAUCAGGCAGGGGGCUUGCAUUUAGGAUCCGAUUUUGGCAGCCGUGUUGGGGGUACCAUGCAGACGGAUAGAGGAACUUCUCGGAUGCUUAGCCAACCAGAUAAUUCAAUAGCAACACAACUCCAAGGACCCUCUCUGUUGGUUCCUGGUCAGAUGGGUCUAGGAAAUCAGCCUCCUCGUCCUGCAUCGUUGACUCCGGAGAUGGAGAAGGCAUUACUUCAGCAGGUCAUGAGCCUCACUCCAGAACAGAUAAAUCUCUUGCCUCCAGAGCAACGGAACCAAGUUCUUCAGCUACAGCAAGUUCUGCGCCAAUGAAAAUGCUCACACUUCAGCCGGUGAUGGAAGGCAUUGUUAUGCCUUUGCUGAUCAAUGGAUGAAAUUUGAUUUGUUGAUUCAGUACGGCUGCUAAUUUGCAGACCAUUUCAUCUUAACCGCUUUGAGCUUAUGCCUUAUCUAGAUUGGUAGCUUCUACAUUUCUUCCAUGGGUACUUAGUUAACACAUUGAUGCUGUUGAUCAUUUUCUGCUACUCUGUUUCUUCGGCUUUAGCA